CUUCCGGUUUGACGCGCGUGCUUCCCUUUUGUUUUCUUUUGAGAAACGCGUUUCUUACGAAAUUUUUCUGUCUUCGUUUGAGGAGGAAAUAAAUAAAUAAAGCACAAACAUGAGCAAAGCACAUCCACCAGAGUUAAAGAAGUUUAUGGAUAAGAAGCUGUCGCUGAAGCUGAAUGGCGGUCGUCAUGUCCAAGGCAUCCUGCGUGGAUUUGAUCCAUUUAUGAAUCUGGUGGUGGAUGACUGCAUUGAAAUGUCCACUGGUGGACAGCAGAACCCUAUCGGCAUGGUGGUCAUCAGAGGAAACAGUAUUAUCAUGCUGGAGGCUCUCGAGAGAGUAUGAUAAUGACCUUUUCCUUCGUUUUUACCCCCCUUUUUGUUUGAAAGCUUGUUUUGUGAAUAAAGAACCAGGUGCAACUCUGUAAUGUAUGAAUGAACUACUUUUUUCAUUAUGUUUUGAAAGGUGUAUGAUUUUGAAAUCAAUAAAUGGUGGAUAAACUCUGUCACUUAUUUUA